ACCGAGGGGAGGGUGUAUAAAGGUGCAGGCGUAGAUACGGGGGCCACAUUCAGCCUGCGGUGGGAGACUGUCCCACUAACACCUCCAGCAGAGACACGAUGAAUGUUCCAGCUCUGGCCUGCGUGCUGAUGGUCAUCUCCACGGUCCAUGCCUUCCAGUAUGAGGAGCUGGCGCGGUACGUUGACAGCCAUCAAGAGGAAUACGUGGAGGCUCUGCGGGACUGGGUUGCAAUCGAAAGCGACUCCAGCAACGUCUUUAGGAGACCAGACCUGCACCGCAUGAUGGACGUGGUGGCUCAGAAGCUGCGGCUCAUGGGAGGGACUGUCGAGCUGGUGGACAUCGGAGAGCAAGAACUUCCCAACGGGCAGAAGUUAGCUUUGCCAAAGGUGGUGACGGCUUUGUUUGGCAGUGACCCAAGCAAACGCACGGUGUGCAUCUACGGCCACGUGGACGUCCAGCCGGCGAAGCUGGAGGACGGCUGGGCGACGGAGCCCUACAACCUGACUGACAUCAAUGGUAACCUGUAUGGAAGAGGAGCAUCUGACAACAAGGCCCCGGUUUUAGCAUGGAUGCACGCUGUGGGGGCCUACCAGGCCCUCAGUCUGGAGCUGCCGGUAAACGUGAAGUUCGUCAUCGAGGGCAUGGAGGAGACGGGCUCUAAUGGCCUGGACGCCAUGAUCCUGGCGCAGAGGGACUCCUUCUUUUCUGACGUGGAUUACAUCAUCAUCUCGGACUGCGGCUGGCUCAGCAGACGGCCUGCCCUCACCUACGGCACCAGGGGCAACUGCUACUUCUUUGCUGAGGUUGAAGGACCCAAACAGGACUUGCAUUCCGGUGUUUACGGAGGCACUGUGAUUGAACCGAUGACUGACCUUAUUGGCAUUCUUGACACACUGAUCAGCCCCAGCGGUACGAUCCUGAUUCCAGGGAUCAGGGAGGCUGUGGCUCCACUCUCUGAUGAGGAAUGGAGAAUGUAUCAGGACAUUCAAUUUGACUUGGACCACUACAAGACCAAGAUUGGUGUGAGCCAGCUCAUGUACACCAAUAAGGUGGACUUGUUGGCCCACAUGUGGCGUUACCCCACCGUAACCAUCCACGGCAUUGAGGGGGCCUUCUCUGACCCUGGCACAAAGACCGUCAUCCCUGCUAAGGUCACCGCUAAGUUCUCCAUUAGACAGGUUCCUGACAUGGACCCCGCUGCGGUUAAGAAGCAGGUAACAGAUUACCUUCACUCGGUGUUUGCCAAGCGAAAGAGUCCCAAUAAACUGAAAGUCACAAUGGUGAUCGGGGCGAAGCCUUGGCUGGCUGACACACAGCAUCCUCUCUAUGAGGCUGGGAAGGCUGCUGUAAAGAGAGUUUUUGACAUGGAUGCUGAUCUGAUACGUGAAGGUGGGACCAUUCCUAUCGCCAGAACCUUCCAGGAUGUAACCGGGAAAAGCAUCAUCAUGAUGCCUAUUGGAGGCUUUGAUGAUGGGCUGCACUCCCAAAAUGAGAAAAUGAGCAGGUACAACUAUAUUGAGGGAACCAAGUUAUUCAUCUCCUACCUGAAUGAAGUAUCCCAAAUUAAGAAGACGAGUGUGUGAUGUUUUAUUUUUUAAUUAAAUGAACCAUUAAAACCUUCCAGCUGCAUGUGAGCUCCAAGUGACACAGUGUCACUUUGCCUUUUAUUCAUCCAUUUUUCUGUGAUAGCAGGCUUUUAUUUAUCUGAAAGUUUCUGUCUAUCUAUCUAUCUAUCUAUCUAUCUAUCUAUCUAUCUAUCUAUCUAUCUAUCUAUCUAUCUAUCUAUCUAUCUAUCUAUCUAUCUAUCUAUCUA